AUGGAAAAAAAUGAUUCACCCGAUGCUAAAGUAGAAAAUCCAAGACCAAAACCUCCACAGAGAAAGCCACGCGAUUUUAGCGAAGUUGGAUCGAGACAAAAGCGAAAUCGUCUGGUAGAUAUAAAUUCUAUCUUAGAUGAUUUUGCUAAGAAUAAGAACGAUAAUCUCCAUAUACCAGGCAAGACCAGUAUCUGCGACUACACAAGACCGCUGCUGCCAACUUUAAAACCGUGUAGAGAGAACAAAGGUGUUGUAGUUGAAAAUGUAAGACAAGUUGCCAAAUUAACAAUCACAAGACUUUUCGAAUCAUUGAUCAAACAAGGCGAUAACUUACCAACAAAGUUAGUUUACAAGCAAAAAACCGAUCAUGAUGGUGCUGGCAGUCAGCCCGUAUAUAGAGCGAAAGAUAACCCUAUGCUCGAUCUCAACUUAUUCUGUCGAACGCUUGUGCCGCUCUCUUUGACCGAUGAUGUAACACAUGCAAGUGUUUGGCAUAUUGAAACACCGAAUAGUUCUUUCUGGCCACGACCGUUGCUUAUUACAGCUGAGAAAGAGUCUCCGGAUCUGCUCAAAUACGUCAAUGACUUGUUCGAGCCGCAAGAUAAAGCUCUAGAAAAAGAAGGCAUUAACCUAACUGUAAACGGAGUAAAUUAUGAAAUCGAAGUGAGUACGAUAGACUCAAUGAAAGACCUCAAAGUCCGUACUACCGAGAGUGGUUUGGGUGGUUCUGAUUGUCUUAUGUGUUACACACGUCAAGCUGAGUGGCACGAUCGGCAGAAAUUGCUUGCUUCUAAUUAUUUCAGCAUAACUCGAACAGCGGCCAACAUCAUGGAAUUGUACCGAAGCCUGCUGGGUGAAGAUGGAAAAAUCAUUAAGAAGCGUAGCGACUGCGAACGCCGUGCUGGUUUAACAAGUGAACCUAUUUCCCAGAGUGAUCAUCAUUUUAUCACCCUAACACAUCAAUGGAUUAACGGCACCACAUGGUUUUUAAAUAUCAUUUACCGUUUAAAUGCCGGAAUUUCGCCUUGUCCGUCACAUCAUUAUGACCACAUAGAAUGUCAGAGGAAUCAUUUUGAUGACAACAUGAAAGCAUGUCAGCCCACACCAAUAGGAAUGUGUAAAGCUGGUUUUGCCGGUGAUGAUGCACCACGCGCAGUUUUUCCAUCAAUUGUUGGUCGUCCACGUCAUCAGGGUGUAAUGGUUGGAAUGGGUGAAAAAGACUCAUACGUCGGUGAUGAAGCGCAGUCGAAACGUGGUAUUCUAACGUUGAAAUAUCCAAUUGAACACGGAAUCGUUACUAACUGGGAUGAUAUGGAAAAAAUUUGGCAUCAUACUUUUUAUAAUGAAUUACGUGUGGCACCCGAAGAACAUCCCGUUCUGUUAACAGAAGCACCGUUGAAUUCGAAAGCAAAUCGUGAAAAAAUGACACAAAUUAUGUUCGAAACAUUCAGUACACCUGCCAUGUACGUUGCCAUUCAAGCUGUUUUAUCUUUGUAUGCAAGUGGUCGAACAACCGGUAUUGUAAUGGAUAGUGGUGACGGUGAGACACAUACAGUUCCGAUUUACGAAGGUUAUGCAUUGCCACAUGCCAUUCUUCGCCUGGAUUUGGCUGGUCGUGAUUUGACCGAUUAUUUGAUGAAAAUCUUAACUGAACGUGGCUAUUCAUUUGUAACAACAGCUGAGCGGGAAAUUGUACGUGAUAUCAAAGAAAAAUUGUGCUAUGUUGCAUUAGAUUUUGAUAUUCGAAAAGAUUUAUAUGCCAGCACAGUUUUAUCUGGGGGUACAACAAUGUAUCCCGGCAUCGCUGAUCGAAUGCAAAAAGAAAUAACAUCCUUGGCACCAUCAGCAAUGAAAAUAAAAAUCAUCGCACCACCCGAACGAAAAUAUUCUGUAUGGAUUGGUGGAAGUAUCUUGGCAUCAUUAUCAACAUUUCAGCAAAUGUGGAUAUCAAAACAAGAAUAUGAUGAAAGUGGACCAUCGAUUAAUAUUAGUAAUAAACCGUCGUCAGAAGAAGAAUAUGAAGUUCAACAACGCCUAAAACAUAAUCGCGCAGUUCGAUCUAAACAUAAAACAUCAUAUGAACGUCCCUUUAUGGAUUAUCAAACAAAUAAAUUGAAAGAAAAUAUUCCAUUCACAUAUUCACCCAACGGUCGGGCCGAGUUGACGAUCGAUUCUGAUAUGCAUAUUGAUUUAAGAACUUUAGAACAACUCGAACAUUUAUCUAAACUUGUUAUUAAAAUUCGUGUCGAAUUUCAGCAAGACGACAUAACAAGUUAUGUAAGCGGAAGCGGUUUAAUCGUCAAUGGUCGAUAUAUAAUCACAGCAGCUCAUGUGUUUAAUCCGUUAACAGAAGAAGACAAUGUACUUGUGCCAUAUAUAAAGCUGGGAGAUGUCUCAUUUCAAUCAAAAAUGUGCGGGCUACAAUCAUGCAUCGUUAAGAAAGGUUAG